GACCAGAUAAGCCACUCCAGGAAUGGGACCACAAAUCAGAAGCAAGAAGAACUUUGCCUUCUUUCGGGUGUUCCCACUCCGAAGAUAUCUUUUCAUCCAAAGGGAAUGAACUUUUCCUCCACAGAAGAAGGAACAGGUGUAAGAAAAUCACAAAUGGUAUAAAUAAGUGGUAUAAGUUUCUUUUCUUUUGCCAAAUAGGCAUUUGGUUUGUAAGUUUGUACUUACAAACAUUUCCCUUUAAGUUGAAGGUUUAAGAAUAGAACCAUAGACUUUUGAACGCAUUUAUGAAAUGCUUUAAAGUUAGGCGUGGAUAUCCUUUAGUCCACACAUGCUCUGUCCUAGAAUAAAGCAACGGAAGUCCUUUUGUUAGAAAGGCUGUGAUUUCUAAAGGUGCGUCUCUGGAGCCCUGUGGUGCAUGGCGCUAAAAGGUGUCGGAGCAAGCAGAGAGGUUUACUGGUUUCCAUCCGAGUCACGAUGGCGAAGUGGUUCAAGGAGUUCCCCAUCAAUCUGAAGAACGGUACCGACAGGAUCCGCUCAGCCUCCGAAUCAGGCUCACAACCUAGAGCCAACAAAGCCGGGCUGGUGGCCAGCAUUGGUACCAAAACAACAGGCUCCAAAACGGGCCAGCGCAAAAACUCCUCUGGUGACAGCAACACAGGAGGUGGAGGUGGAGGUGGAGGAGUCGGGUCUCUCCUGUCAGGAAGAAACCGAAAGAACUCGGCCAUAGAGUUGAGUAGAAACGGUGCCAUCCCCCAUAAAGAUGGGAAAGUUUGGGAGAACCUCCUGUCGGGGAAAAGUCGCAAGAACUCCAAAGCGGAGCCGGUGCCCGAGGAGCAGCACAGACCCCCGAAAAGCUCUCCAUCUGCCAACGCGUUCAUCAGCCGGCUGAUCAGAGUGGACAAACUGGACAAAAGCCCCAACUUCAACAGCGCCACCAUCACCAACCAAGUGGUACCCGAAGCAGAGAAAGCAGUCCAGUGCAAGACCGAGACGGUGAUCAUCCUUGAGGAUUACGCCGAUCCCUUUGAUGCUCAGAAGACCAGAGAGCAACGGGAGGCAGAGAGAGUCGGGGAGAACGAUGGAUACAUGGAGCCUUACGAUGCCCAGCAGAUGAUUACUGAGAUUAGACGUCGGGGGUCCAAAGACCUGCUGAAGGUGUGUGUGCUGAUGGAAGAGAGCGAGGGAACGGUGGAGGACAGUCAGCCCUUACAGAUAUAUGACACCCCAUAUGAGGGCAGCGGCGACGGUGACAAGGCGGCGGUCACGCGUCCCGAGCUGGAUUCCCGACCCUCCACUGAGUACGAGCUGCCUUGGGAGUGGAAGAAAGAGCAUAUUGUCAAAACUCUGUCAGCACAGUUUGACAGCCCCGAACGUCAAAUCAAAGAUGAGACGCCUCACCCAACACUCACCAGGCAGCCCCAACAUCCGCUGGCUCAGCCUCCGCAGCAGCAGCACCAGCACCUGAGGCAGAAGAGCUGGACCCAGAAGAUCCUGCGGUCCUCUCCUACGACGCUGUCCCCAUCCUGCAACCCCGACUCUGAGGCCUGCUGUGUUGACCCCUGCUUGCCCCUGGAAAAACAGAGCUGGUACCAUGGCUGUGUGACUCGUCAGGAGGCGGAGUUUCAGCUGCAGUCCUGCAAAGAGGCCAGCUUCCUGGUCAGGAACAGCGAGUCGGACAGCAGCAAGUACUCCAUCGCCCUCAAGACGAGCCAAGGCUGCGUUCACAUCAUUGUUGCCCAGACCAAAGAAAGCGGCUACACCCUGGACCAGAGCAGCUGCGUGUUCCCCAGCAUCCCAGAGGUGGUGCACCACUACUGCUCUCGGCGUCUGCCUUUCGACGGCGCUGAGCACAUGACUCUGCUGCAUCCAGUGCCUCGCAUCCACUGACCCCACCCGACCCCACCCCAGCUUAGGUAAACAAAGCGAACACACCUUUGGGCAGGGACAAAAAGUUCCCCAAAAAAUCAGUCACGACAUCACCUCCCUGACCAGUGUGUACUUCUACUUUUCCAUCUCUUUAUAAAUUGACUGUGUGACACUAUUUUGUUUUUAUUCUUAUUCCUUUUUUUAUUUUUUAUUUGAUGAUCAGAAAAAAACAUUUGCAGCUCACUCUGUGUCUCACCAGAUGCAUCCUUCUGUCUUUCAUUUUACUUUGACGUUCAGCUGAUGCAAAACAUCCAGGCUGCUGUUUUGCAUGUGAGACGAUGAGGCACUUUAAAUGACGAGAUGUGAGUUGGAUUGGGACCGAGUUAAACUGAUGUUUUGACUAUCUAAUGUGGCUCUAUUAGAAGCUACACAUGAUAUUUUUGGUAAUGCUACUGGAUGAAAUUUACUAUGAAGCAGAAAGGACUUCUGACUUGGAGUGAAUCUCAGUAGUUUGUGGCUCUCUUUCCCCCUCUGGUGGAUGACUGGUACACUGCACCAACAUGCCAACACAAAGAAGCCUGUUUUUCCUCAAAAUUGAUGGGUAAAAUCCAUGCACACAGCAUAUCAUUACACUUAUUAUGAACAAAGAGCAGCUAUUUUAAUAUUUUGUGCUUGCAGCAUGUUUCUAAUUUAUGCUGUCAUACUUGUUGGUUGUAACCACUGCCCCUUUGAGGAUUUACUCCGUUUUACUGUGAAUGAGGGAGUUGUUUCCACUGUGUUAUCUGCACUGUGAAGAGUGAGUGAUUCACCCUGAUGCAAUGUGCUUGACGGACCAUGGCUUAACAAUUGUUAGUGUUUUUUCAUGCCGAGAACUGAGACCACACUUAAUUUUCAGCUCAAUAAGCCUGUCCUUGUAAAAUAAACAUGCAGAUUAUUGUGAUGUGUGGUGGGAACAUUGUAACAUUAAUGGCUUUUGUCAGACUUUUUAAUGUCUACAUAUGGGGAUCAUUUAUAGAUAUAAGUGCGAGAAAUUAAUGACAACAAUUGCAAUAAAAUUAACAAAAAUAUUGUUUAGAAACUGUAAAAAUAAAAGCCAUUGUUCAUUCAGACCUCCGAGACGGUUUUCCCUCAGGGCUUAAUGCCCCCUGGUGCUAAGAGGCAGAACACCAAAUUGACAAGUGGUAACUUUAUUAGGUUCACUAGAGUUUUAUUUUUCUUUGUGUAUUCAAAAUGUAACUCAAACAUUUGACUUGGUUUGUGUAAUCUUUAUUGAGAAAUGCUGGAAACCAUUUUGACAACUCUGAUCUGCAACAAAUACAGGAUGACAAUAAAAUAUGGUAUAACUGAGGCUCAGUUUCGUCUUAUGUUCUCUUGUUUUGGAGGUCUGCCAGUUUUUAUACCUCCUCAAAGAUUUAAGUGAGGUCAGUUUGUACUUUUUGUCCGAGCACUGAAGCAGACGUUAUACGAGGAGAAACACCUGUGAUGCAUAUUUCACCGUUCUUCUUGACUUUUGCUCUGUCAAGGCCUGUUGUUUGGAAAUUGUAAAAUAGAUUAUAGUGAAAGUAUGUGAAUCUCGA